AUGCUGGGUGUCCUACGCUCUCCUCUGGGCCCGAUAACAGCCACUUUCUUUGAUGAUCCGCGACGCCUGUCAGAGAAGAGCUUCUGGGCAGGCACAGUUGACGAUCAGAUGAAACUGCUGCAGAACUGUUGGAGUGAGCUGCUGAUCCUGGACCAUGUGUUCCGGCAGGUGGUACACGCCAAGGAGGGCUCCAUUCUCCUGGUCACCGGCCAACAGGUGGACUAUGCAGUGAUCGCGUCUCAAGCUGGGGCCACCCUAAACAACCUGCUGAGCCACGCCCAGGAGCUGGUGGGAAAACUACGCUCACUACAGUUCGACCAGCGGGAGUUCGUCUGCCUCAAGUUUCUCGUGCUCUUCAGUCUGGCAAACAACAUCAGCUUCUUCAUCCUCAAUCCGGGCCUUCAGCGGCGGGAGCGAGGGGUUGUAGAUUUGCUGCAGGAAGGGAGGAAGGAAAACGAGGCAGACGUGGAGAUGGGAAAAGGAAAGAGAGAGGACGAGGGUGGGAACCGGCUGCAGUAA